CAGGAAGUGAACUCUUGGCCGAAAUUCCAAGAGGUGAAAGAUCCUUUUUUACGCAAGACAACAGCACACAGUUCUCAAAUUUGUUUUGCAAGCAGAGCUGGCACCGUUUUUAUAAACUGUUGCAAAUCGGAUCGGUCGCAAUACUGUUUUUAUUUUAGUUUGUCCAAUGGCAGCAAAAAAACCGUUACAGUGCAGGUUGUCCAGUUAACGAACGGAGUGUUGGAAAGAGACCACAUGCCAGCUCCUACAAUGUCAGAGUUUGAGGACUGUGAAAGACGCUUUCAGGCUGCUGUCGACGUCAUUCAAAGUCUACCCAAAAAUGGUACCUACAAACCCUCUUAUGAAGUAAUGCUGCGGUUUUAUGGCCUGUUCAAACAGGCAGUCUGUGGCCCAUGUACACUGUCACGCCCUGGAUUUUGGGACCCUGUUGGCCGUUACAAAUGGGAAGCUUGGAGUAAUAUGGGAGAAAUGAGUCGAGAGACUGCCAUGGCUGCUUAUGUGGAUGAAAUGAAAAAAGUUGCACAAGAUGUCAUUGACACCAUGCAAAUCAAUGAAAAGAAUGCAUCCUAUUUCCACUAUUUUGAACCUCUUUACCAUGUCAUUCAUGAUAUGCCCAGACCUCCAGAGGCUCUUUUUUCUCUUAGUUCAGAUGCAAAACAACAAACUGGUGGUGUGUUUAAACAUGAAGUGGAGAGUGCAACUCAAGAACCAAGACUUCAACAGGAUACAGAAUCUACCCUUAACAUUGAACUUCAACCUCAAAGCACAGAACAACUUAUGUCGGAGUGUCAGGGGCCAAUUAGUGACACAGAGAGUGAAGUCUUCUGUGACUCGUUGGAACAGAUGGAUAAUAUAAAGCUUACUGCAGUACCAGAUUGUAAUAGCUCUUUCCAGUAUGGUCAUACACGCAAUGAGACCUCUGGCAUCCCGAAGAGUCAUUACAGUGCUCUAUCCCAGGUGAUUCAGAUUGGAGCUGGACAUGGUGAGGGGGCAGAAGACAGACAUGAUCCUCCCAUGAGGAUGACGACCGCAGGAAGAGAAUGGUUGCAGCAGAACUGGAGGGACCCCUCAGGUUAUAUGGCUUACCACAGUGCUAGACCGCUAUCAGUAGCUGGCUCAGGGCAAGGGGACAGAGACCAUUCUAAAUGUGGGUCUGGCCAGGUACAACAGCAGAUUUUUCUAGCCCUACGGCAACUCCAAGAGGACAUGCAAAGUGUCAUGGAACGACUAGACGUGGUUGAAAAUCUUGCUACUACAAAUGCUCAGAAUUCACAGUGGAUAUCACAUUUACAACGAACAGCUGGAGAGUCUGAGGAGAAAUGGUGGACAUUUGAAAUUUCUGGACGCACAUUGAUGCUGUUGUUGGUGUGGCCUUUUGUGACACAGUGGUUGAGUUUUCUCCUGAGAUGGAGGAAGAGACAAAUUCAUGGGUGCAUAUGAACUUCUCAGUCUCAGUUAAAAGAGGAAAUGUUGUUCUAAAAUCAUAUUUGAAAUUUGAUCACCUAAUUUUUUAUGAACAAGUUUAUGAACCAAGUUUUAAAUCCUAGAGUUGAUUGUGAAUAUUUUAAUAUGUUCCAUUUAUUUUUGGAUAAAAAUGGUUUUGUAAUAAUUGGUCAAAAAUGUAUGAUAUCCAUGCUCUUGUGUUUUGAAUAGAAGUUAAUUUGUA